AUGGUUAGAAACAGUAAGGGUCGCCAAAAGUUGGAGAUGGUCAAAAUACCAAACAACAACAAUCUAAUGAAGGUCUACUCUUUUGGCCACCCUUCUGUCGAAAAGGUGGUGCAACGUUUUUCCUCGGGAAAUAUUCCCCAAAAUUCAGGUGCUUCUCAUCUUAUUGAGGCUCAUCGCAAUGCUAGGAUCUGUGAACUCAACAUGCAGCUCACUCAGGGGCUCAACCAACUAGAAAUGGAAAAGAAGAGAGGUGAAGAGUUAGACAAAUCGAUGAAAGCUAGUCAGAGUCAGAACUGGUGGGAGAAUCCUAUUCAGGAUCUUGACUUGGCACAACUUGAACAAUUGAGGGCAACUUUACAUGAUCUCAAGCAGAAUCUAGCCAGGCAAGCCGAGCAGUUUCUGCUUCAAAAUUCAGCUCCUCCUCAGCCUUUUAGGGCUCCAAACCCCAGCAUUGGUGGGAAUAUUCCCUUUGAUACCAGGAAUAUAGGAUUCAACCCAAACAUGGCUGUGACUCCUUUCAGUACAAACACAACUAUGACUCCUUUCAACACAAACAUGAUUGGAACUGAUCCCUUCAAUACAAACAUGACUGGGAAUUCUUUCAAUACAAAUAGGCCUGGGACUCCUUUCAAUCCAAGCACGAGAACGCCUCCUUAUGGAUACAAUCUUGGAUAUGGAAAUAGGAUUGUUGUGAUCUCCUCACGGAUACAUACAUCCUGUGGUGAAUAUUCCUACGUGAUGGCCUCUUCCAAAAGCUUUAUCUUUACUUUCUUCAUUGCUCUGGCAUUUUCGAGCAUGAAUGUUAGCCUAGCUGCCCGUCAUCUCCUCCAGGUGCCAACACUGCCUAAGCCAACACUGCCACCGAUGCCUUCUAUUCCAAAUCUGCCACAGCCGACAUUGCCCACCUUGCCUACAACUCAACCAUCACUACCUAAGCCAACACUGCCUCCACUUCCUAGCAUGCCUACCAUCCCUACCAUUCCUACACUCCCAAAGUUCCUUUCUUAUGAUACAAGACAUACUGUAGUAUUCAUGUUUCUUUUUGAAGGAAUUCUGUCUUCCUUGUAUGAUUUGGGAGGUAAUGAAGGCUUACAGUUGUAUGUUAUAGUUGAACUCACAUAUCAUACAAUGGCAUCAACUCGUUUACUGAUUUUGGCCAUGUUCAUGAUCACACUGUCAUUUUCAAGUAUUGAUGUUGCCGUAGCAGCUCGUCAUCUCCUGGCUCCAACGCCUAAUAUUCCUGGCUCUGCAGUUCCUCCUAAUUUGCCUGAUCCACCACUUGUCAGGUUGCCUCCACUUCCACCCACUAUCCCAGUUCCAAUGUCUCCAUCUUCUAUCCCCUCAGUGUCAAUCCCCACCACACUUGCCACUGUUCACAAUGAACCCAUUGACAUUGCUGAAGCAACUUGUCAUCUCCUGGCUCCGAUGCCUAAUAUUCCUGGCUUUACAGCUCUUCCUAAUUUGCCUGAUUCAUUACUUGUCAGGUUGCUUCCACUUCCACCAACUGUCCCUUCGGUGCCAAUGCCCCCCUCUUCUCAGUGUACUCUGUUUGUUCAUCUCAAUGACAUCUGGAUUGGAACCCAUAAGCUGCACGUGAAUGUUGCAAGAUACAACAAAAGGUCCCCUCCAGAAAAGGAAAAUGUUGCACAACAACAAAGAAGGAUAUCACCAGAACAUCUCAGGCUGCGUGAUGAUAGGUCUUAUGCAGAGGUUGUGAGUCCUGUAGCUCAAAAGGUUUCAGCAGAUGAGGAUGAAAAGGAUACUGAAUGGCUCAAAAGAAGUUCGGUUUAUGCUAUCUCUGAAGGUGUGGAUUAUAGUAAACUCAAGGAUGAUUUGGUGGUUUGGAUUUUGAGGUUUUCAGAACUUUAG